AUUGGGUUAAUACAGUUGCCAUAUGCGACUUGUUAGCACGAUUGAAACGAGUACCAGUAGAGACACGAUUCUGUUUUUAAAAUAGUUUUAGAUUUCUAUGAACUUCAUCAGUUUUGAAAAGUAAUCCGUGUGACUGAAGACUUUAAAAGUAUAUGAUGUAAUUUAUUUUUAGUUUCAAUCACGUCAACAAUUAGAUCAAAUACAUUUUUCAAACCCCGUCGGUGCCCGAGAAAGUGUUCGACCCAUCGGGGUAGUUCGACCAAACCAUUUGGUCAGCAUCGUGUACGUGUAACUCGUACGUGUACGUGUAACUCGUUUUUGGAUGGAGUGUUACGGUUUAUUCGACAUUUCCGCGUUCCGCCCAAUGAGACUCUAUUGUAAUUAAACUGAGUAACGAAACAGACAACUGCAAGAAGAAAAUGGCAAGACCGCAAAACGUUAUUGUUGAUGUAAUGUUGGUUUUCUUGAUGACCGCAUUUAUACAAGCCAGUGAUUCUGUACGUACAUGUACAAAUCUGGACAAUUUCCCAUUUCUUCGAAGGAAUACACAACUAAAUAACACAGGAAUAGAUGUGCUACAAGGUCUUGGACUCGUGGAAUGUGCGGCCCAAUGUAAGCUCCGUAAAAAGUGCAGAUCAUUCAGCUUUCAGCAUUCCAGUGGAUAUUGUAAACUUUAUGAAAGUACAAUCGGACAAGCCGGAAACAAUGUUGUCUUAAAGAAAGGGACCGAUACCAGCAAUAUAGACGACUGGCCUACUAGAAUAGCUGGCCCUUGUGCAGACCACUCUUGUUCCAUCAACGAUGUCUGUGAACCGACCAGACGGAACUCACAGGAAUAUGUCACAGUAUAUUGUCCGUCUCCUCCAGUCGUUACAAACGCUACCGCUAACUUCACGACAAGCCACGAGACGACCAAAGUCGGAAGUCGUCUGUCGUACACGUGUGACGUCAACUUCCACCCAGUGGGUAACAGAACCUGUCUCCCAGAGGGAACGUGGUCCAACUUCACAUGUGAACCGGAUUCAUGUCCAGUUGGAGACGGGUUCGUAUUGUUGGAUAACCCGCUAUUGUGCUUUAAGGUUUUCCAAGACAUGAAAACUGCUUAUGAAUCACGUGACAUCUGCAACCGACUUGGCGCCAAGCUGAUCGUUGUAGACACGAAGGCGAAAAAUACGGCUGUCAGUGAAUACAUCAAUUCAAAACUAGGUAAUUUUAAUGCUAGUCACAUACUACCAACUGUCACGACGAAGUUGGCCAGUUCGCCGAUAUGA